GGUGGUAGUCAAACCUACUAUGCUGGAAACCCUCAGCUGUGAUUGACUGCAGGGUUGUGGGGGCCCUGCCCUGUCUCUGUUGACAGUAAGAAUGAGGAUUUGUCAAACCCUAAUGGACAUGGAAAUGCCAGAUUACGCCGAGUCCCUCGACUCCUCGUAUACCAUGCUGGAGUUUGAAAAUCUGAGGGUGCUGCCCACAAAUUCAUCAGAUGCCGUUGUUUCCGAUUCAGGCAACAGCAGCCUGCUGGUAAACGGGAUCAAUUCCUUAUGUGCCAUCUGUGGCGACCGUGCGACCGGGAAGCAUUACGGGGCUUCCAGCUGUGAUGGCUGCAAAGGGUUCUUCCGAAGGAGCGUCCGCAAGAAUCACGUUUAUUCAUGCAGGUUCAGCCGGCAGUGCGUGAUAGACAAAGACAAGAGGAACCAGUGUCGAUACUGCCGGCUGAAGAAAUGUUUCCGGGCAGGAAUGAAGAAAGAAGCCGUUCAAAAUGAGCGGGACAGGAUCAGCAUCCGCAGAAGCAGCUAUGAAGACAACGGAGCCCUCUCCAUCACCAUAUUGACCCAGGCGGAGGCGAUGGCACAACAGUAUUCGGCUCUCCGUCCAGUGCACAGCGCUGACCUUGCAAUGAAAAAAAUCGCGACCAUCAACGAUGUGUGUGAGUCAAUGAAGCAGCAGCUCUUAGUCCUCGUCGAGUGGGCAAAAUACAUCCCGGCAUUCUGCGAACUUCCGCUGGACGACCAGGUUGCCUUGCUAAGAGCCCACGCUGGAGAACACUUACUCUUGGGAGUUGCAAAGCGUUCUAUCCCAUACACCGAUUUUCUGUUAUUAGGAAAUGACUUCAUCAUCCCAAUGCAAUGCCCGGAACUGGAGAUUGCCCGUGUGGCUACCAGGAUCUUGGAUGAGCUAGUGAAGCCCUUACGAGAAAUCCAGAUUGAUGAUAAUGAGUAUGCCUGCCUCAAAGCCAUUGUGUUCUUUGAUCCAGAUUGCAAAGGCCUGAGUGAGCCUGGGAAGGUGAAGAACAUGCGUUUCCAGGUGCAGGUGAACCUGGAGGACUACAUCAAUGACCGGCAGUACGACUCGCGAGGGCGAUUCAGCGACAUUCUCCUCCUCCUCCCUCCUCUGCAAAGUAUCACGUGGCAGAUGAUCGAGCAGGUCCAGUUUAUGAAGCUCUUUGGUGUGGCGAGGAUAGACAGCUUGCUGCAAGAGAUGCUCCUGGGAGGAAGCACCAUUGAUGUUCCACAGUACCAGUCCGGACCGUCCAGCCUAAACAUAGAACCACUUUCAGGUCACAUUGGGCUGCCCAGCAACAUGGCUUCUGUAAUCCACGCCGUUUCAGUCUCUUCUCCUGAAACGUCCCUUCCUUCUCCUUCCACCAGUACAGGAAGUGAAGAUUACAAGCUAGGCCUGACACCCGGCUCUGAAGUGCCUACCACACUUUUGCCUCAGGUAGUGGUACCCAAGCAGGAGAUCUUAUAAAGCAAGCCAGCAAGCUGAAGAAAUCAAACCUUAACCUUUCGAGUUUUCUCAAGUCCAGCAAGCCUCGUUCCCACAUGGCAGUCGACACCUGCAGGCUGGUAGAACCGGCAAAAUCUCAUCUACAAAAUCUUGGAGAACCGUCCAACCAACAGAAUGAUGGCUAUUGGAUGAAUUGAUAAGAACUUACCUGCCGACACUGUCCUUACGCUGUCCUUUCCUCACUUAGCAUUCUAGGGUGUCUGACCCCAUCAUUUGUCUGACCGAUAAACUGCUAUUCAAGUUGCA